AUGCCGUCGCCUUCUUCCUCCUCUUCUGUGGAUCGGCGACGACCAGGUCGGUCUUCCAGUCCUCCUCUUACUGAUCCUGAUGGUGAUACAGAUACAGAUACAAUCGUCGGAACAAAGAGUCUGUAUUGGUUUACCGCGCUGCUGUGGUGUGCCUUUUUUGCCGCUAUGAUUGUCUUGCUGUUGGUAUUGAUCCGGCACCAAGAAGCUCUGGCCAAACAGGCUGAUCCCACGGAUUCCCGUCCUCGUUUGAUUCCCCCCAAAGAAUUGGCGCGUCUCGUUCUUGUGUUGCGAUCCAACGAUUAUCGAUUGGUACGACCGCAUCCAACACCAGCGACAGUAGCUCAGCAAGACACGUGGUGUCCCCCCAAAAUGGCAUCGUUGCUCUUGACACUCUGUGCAAGCCAUGGCGGUGGACGACGACGACGACGAUCGCAAAAAUCCCGUGGCAAACAAAAAGUCAGUUUGCAAAAACGAGGCAUGGCGGCCGAAGCCGUGGCACUUUGUUUGACCAAUCAACCGCAGUAUAGAGAUUUGGCGGCCAAUGCCACACUCUUCCAAAAUCUCCGUACUAUGCACAAACAACUACUAGUAGGCGAAGACGACAACAACAACGAUACUGAUACUACAAUAGAGUUGUCACUUGCCAAGGGAUUGACGGAUCUACUGCAACAAGGAAUCACCUAUUAUCAAAAACACCAAGAUCGACAGGCUGUCACAGCCAUGGCACAAGCCGCCGAAGCGGUUUGGAUUGCUUCCUUUCAUCAUCCAACCCACAUUCACAACUUUCUAAAACACAAUACCAUUCAAGUCUUGGGAGAUAUCAUUGUCACCAAUCGACCCAAAGCAUUCCAAAACGGAAGUAUUAUAGAAUUCCCCUAUCGACCGGCUCAUGCCGUCAUGUGGGCAUGUGCCGCACUCCAAAACUUGGCGGCCCAUUAUUGUCACAACAACGGUGGAACCUGUACGUGGGAGUGGCAGCAGAACGUCAAUGACAAUGAUAAUAAUCCAGUUUUGGCACUGAAAGAUCGAAAUGACAGUUUGGAACAACCAGAAUUGGCACAUCAAGCACGGCACCAAAUUCUGGCCAUUCCCAAUCUACUCGAGACAUUGGCGGAAUGGAUCUGUUUCGUGGGACCCAUUCAUGCACCCAUCAAUGAAACCUACGGGUGGCCCGGAGACGCAAAGCUGUGGAAAGGGUUGACACCGACCACGCACUCGCCCCAUUUGAGAUCCCCGUCCAUUGUCCCAUGGGCGGCGGCGGGAGUCAUUAAGAACUUGCUGCUGCUGCUGCUCAACAGUGACGACGACAACAAUCAUAAACUUCGAGAACGAUUGCAGGCUAUGCCGCCACAUCAUCCUACUAGCUUGCCCGAGUGUUUGUGUCGCAUGAAACAGCACAGUCCGGAUUGGUUGGAACGGGACAAAGCAUCGGAUGCAGUGUACUUUUGGGGGCCGCCACAACAACAACAACACGUUUGCGGUGGCAGUAGCGACAAUGAGCAGGAUCAUUCAAACUACGUAGGUGAACAAAAGGAUGAGGUUGAGCAAGAUGAUGAGAGAGGCAAAGUUGGUGUUGAGAAUGUGAACAAGAAUGGGAAAGAGGGAGACGAGGGUGUCGAAGGAGGCGACGCAAGGGGAGAUGAGGUUGUUACGGACGAAGAAAGUGAUAGUAAGGCACCACACGAAGAACUCUGA